CUAGGAUACCACAGCAGCUCUUUCAAUUUCAUUCUCUUCUUUCAUUUCUUCAUUCAUUCAUCCAUUCAAUCUUUCUUUCUUGCAUCGGCUAGUCAGUCCUUUGACUUUAGUGUGCUCUUAAUGCUUCCUUAAAUUGUCUCAUCUAAGACCCGCGUCGCCUGGAAUUGACUAACACCCCAGAACACAGAAGAUGGGGGAAUCCACUCAGGAUGAUGUCUGCGACCUAUCUCCAAAAGCUUCCUCAACUUCGGCCUUCACAGCUUCCUUUAUACCCCCCAGCAUAGAUCAUACUAAGAUGCUAUUUGGCGACUCCUACUCCUACUUCUCACCACGCCCACUCUUCCUCGCUUCAUCCAACUCGACUACCGGUGACGAACCAUCACAAGACGACUAUCUCGUCCUCGGUGUGGACGAAGCGGGGCGCGGCCCUGUCCUAGGCCCGAUGGUUUACAGUGCCUUCUACUUGCCGCGUCAGCUUCACCAUUCCCUUCUUUCUCGAGAAUACAGCUUCGAUGAUAGCAAAGUGCUUACGCCCGGGGUGCGCAUGAACCUAAUGAGACUGUUGUGCACUCCCGGUAAUCCACUUUUUGAGUGUUGCGGAUGGGCUACGAAGCUGCUAUCAGCACGCGACAUCUCAUCAGGCAUGAUGCGACCUGGCGCUGGGUCUUACAAUCUCAAUGCUCAGGCAAUGGAUGCUACGGUCGAGAUCAUCCGAGGCAUCAUUGAGGAGAGAGGCAUGAAUGUGGGGGAGGUCUACAUUGAUACGAUUGGAAAUCCCGUGACAUAUCAACAUAAGUUGGAGAAACUUUUCCCCUCCUUGAAGAUAACAGUGGCCAAGAAGGCUGAUUCCUUGUAUCCCUGUGUCAGCGCCGCAAGUGUUGUAGCCAAAGUGACAAGGGACAUUGCGUUGGAGCUAAGCCACAAAGAGGUCUCAAGAAGAUGUGCUACUGAAGAGCCUUCUCGAAAAGCCACCAUACAAAGUUGGGGUAGCGGAUAUCCUUCGGACUCAAAAUGUGUCGGCUGGCUUCGAAACAAUAUGGAUCCUAUUUUCGGGUGGGGAAACGAAUGUCGAUUCAGCUGGGGAACUGCGAAGGAGAUGUUGGAGUUGAAGGGAGGGUCGAAAGUCGACUGGCCUGCGGAAGAAGACUAUUCACUGCUAAAGGACUUCCUCUUAACAUCUGCCGGUGCCAACACCAGAUUAUACCAUGAAGUGCGAGAAUGGUACGGGUCGAGGUCAACAGACAUUCUUCUAUGAUAUAUAACAUGCAAUGCCUCGAAUCAGUCGAGGAUUAUGACGAUAAUGACAAAUUCAAUUCCCGAUUCACAUACAUCUUAAUACACCCAAAAGAGAUCAGGUCCACAAAAAGUUGAUUGCAGACCUCAGAUGUGGGGGGAAACCAGGUGAGGUCGUGUCAGCAAGGGCAAGCGGAUUGCGACCAGUCAGUCACAGAGCUGUCUUGGAUGGCAAUA